AUGGCGGCGCCCGUGGGACCGGUGAAGUUUUGGAAGCCAGGCACGGAAGGUCCUGGUGUCAGUAUCUCAGAGGAGAGACAGAGUCCUGCUGAGAGCAGUGGCAUAACCAUCAUCUACAAUCCUUAUGCUUCCCUUUCUAUUGAGCAACAAAGACAAAAGCUGCCUGUUUUUAAGCUGAGAAAUCACAUACUUUAUCUAGUGGAGAACUAUCAAACUCUGGUGAUUGUUGGGGAAACAGGUUGUGGGAAAUCAACACAGAUUCCACAAUACCUGGCAGAAGCUGGCUGGACGGCUGAAGGAAGAGUUGUCGGAGUGACGCAGCCUCGUCGAGUCGCUGCUGUUACAGUUGCAGGCCGAGUUGCUGAUGAAAGAGGUGCAGUGCUGGGGCAUGAAGUUGGCUAUUGUAUUCGGUUUGAUGACUGCACGGAUCCACAGGCUACAAGAAUUAAGUUUCUAACUGAUGGGAUGCUGGUGAGGGAGAUGAUGGCUGAUCCUUUAUUAACAAGAUACAGUGUUCUCAUGCUGGAUGAAGCCCAUGAAAGGACUCUUUAUACAGAUAUUGCCAUUGGCUUACUAAAAAAGGUUCAAAAGAAGCGUGGGGACCUUCGACUGAUUGUGGCUUCAGCUACCUUGGAUGCAGAGAAAUUCAGGGAUUUCUUUAAUCAAAAUGAUACUGGUGACCCCAGCAAAGAUACCAGUGUGAUCCUUACUGUGGAGGGGAGAACAUUCCCAGUGGACAUCUUCUACAUACAGAGUCCUGUUCCAGACUAUAUCAAAUCAACUGUGGAAACUGCAAUGAAAAUUCACCAAGUGGAGAAUGAUGGUGAUAUUCUGGCAUUUUUAACUGGCCAGGAAGAAGUGGAGACUGUUGUUUCUAUGCUCAUAGAACAGGCUCGGGCCCUGUCUCGCACCGGAAUGAAAAAACACCUCCGUGUCCUCCCCAUGUAUGCUGGGCUGCCUUCUCCUGAUCAAAUGAAAGUGUUUGAGAGAGUGUCUCACAGUGUUAGGAAGGUGAUCGUAGCCACCAACAUUGCUGAGACCUCCAUCACGAUCCAUGGGAUUGCCUAUGUCAUUGACUGUGGCUUUGUGAAGCUCCGAGCCUAUAACCCCAAAACAGCCAUUGAAUGCCUGGUGGUGGUGCCAGUGUCCAAAGCUUCAGCUAACCAGAGAGCAGGGAGAGCAGGACGCAACCGCUCUGGGAAGUGCUACAGGCUGUACACAGAGGAGGACUUUGAGAAGCUGCCCAAGUCCACAGUUCCAGAGAUGCAGCGCAGCAACCUUGCACCUGUCAUCCUGCAGCUGAAGGCUUUGGGAAUUGACAAUGUGCUCAGGUUCCCCUUCCUUUCGCCACCUCCUGCACAGUCAAUGGUGCAAGCUUUGGAGCUGCUGUAUGCUUUAGGAGGUUUGGAUAUGCACUGCCGUUUAACAGAGCCUCUUGGCAUAAGGAUAGCAGAGUUUCCUCUGAAUCCUAUGUUUGCAAAGAUGCUUCUGGAAUCAGGAAAUUUUGGCUGCUCCCAGGAGAUUUUGACAAUUGCUGCCAUGAUGCAGAUUCAAAACAUUUUUGUAAUCCCUCCAAAUCAAAAAGCUCAGGCUGCCAGGCAACACAGAAAGUUUGCUGUGGAAGAAGGUGAUCAUCUCACUAUGCUUAAUGUUUAUGAAGCCUUUGUCAAACAUAGCAAGAGCUCUCAGUGGUGUCAGGAACACUUUCUGAACUACAAAGGCCUUGUUAGAGCUUGUGUUGUCAGAGAGCAGCUGAAAAAGCUUCUUGUCCGCUUUAAAGUGCCAAAGAAGUCCAGUGAAGGUGAUCCAGAUCCUGUUUUGAGAUGCAUAGUUUCUGGAUUCUUUGCUAAUGCAGCUAAAUUCCACUCUACAGGUGCUUACAGGACUAUCCGUGAUGACCAUGAACUUCAUAUCCAUCCCACUUCAGUGCUGUAUGCAGAGAAACCUCCACGCUGGGUAGUCUACAAUGAAGUCAUACAGACUGCUAAGUAUUACAUGAGAGAUGUGACUGCUGUGGAAUCUGCAUGGCUUUUGGAACUGGCUCCUCAUUUCUACCAGCAAGGAACGGUACGGAAUCGGCAUAAAGCCCAAACGCAUCUUUCCUUGAAAGCAAAAAGAGCUAAAGUAGAUGACCACUGA